AUGGCAGGCUCAAUAACCACUCCUGUCGAUGAUGGGGGAGGGGUGCGCAAACGGUCCUCAUCACUCACCUCCUUCUCCUCCUCUUCUUCUUCUUUUUCUUCUUCUUCGGCAGCGUCCGGCCUGGCGAUCCCAGCGGUGGUUCAUGACGACCCGAACGAUACCUCCCCCCUUUUGACCCCUUCCCCCUCCCCCUCCCCUUCGCCUCGAAAACGAAAAAUCAUUCGCGGCAGCCAUUUCACCCCCCGCGCGCUGGCGGUGGGCCUCCUCGUCGGUCUGAUAAUCUGCUUCAGCAACAUGUACUUUGGCCUGCAGACAGGCUGGGUAUCAACAAUGACCAUGCCCGCCUCCCUCCUCGGUUUCGGGAUCUUUAGGUUGUUGAGGGAUCGAUUAGGGGACCUGCCGUUCAGUCCGGUGGAAAACGUGCUUGUUCAGACUGUGGCGGGGAGCAUGGCGAUCAUGCCUUUGGGGUGCGGGUUUGUUGGUGUUGUUCCUGCGAUGGAGUAUUUGCUCAGGGAAGAAGAAAUGGGGCCGGUGAGGAUGGGGUUGUGGAGGGGGUGUGUUUGGGGGGUGGGGUUGUGUUUUUUUGGGGUUGUUUUUGCGGUGCCGUUGAGGAGGCAGGUGCUGAUUAGGGAGCAGCUGAAGUUUCCGAGUGGGUUUAGCACGGCGGUUUUGAUCAGUGUGCUGCAUGGGCAGACGAAGGGGGUGGAGGAGGCGGGCGGGGAGAGGAAAAACCCGCAUGGGUUUGCGAGUUUGGUUGGGGAUGAUGAGAGUUCUUAUGGGGGGGAGGAGGUGAGGGAUGGGGAGGAGGAGGAUAACAAGAAAUCCGAGGGGUGGAAGAGGAAUGUGAGACUGUUGAUUGUAUGCUUUUUGCUUUCCGGCAUCUCGACUUUUGCGACGUAUUUUUUGCCUGUGUUGAGGAACAUUCCCAUCUUUGGAAGUGUCGCGGCGAGCACGUGGCUUUGGACACUCAACCCGAGUUUGGCGUAUGUGGGACAGGGAAUUAUCAUGGGUCCAGCGACGACGUUGCAUAUGCUUCUUGGUGCGGUGGUGGGAUGGGGGGUUUUGUCACCGCUGGCAAAGAACAAGGGAUGGGCUCCGGGGCCGGUGUCGGAUUGGGAGCAUGGGAGUAAGGGGUGGAUCGUUUGGGUUUCGUUGGCUAUUAUGCUUGCUGACUCCGUGGUGAGCUUGGGGUAUUUGGCUUUCAGGUCGGUGAGGUUGUACUGGCCUCGGAUCAAGGGGGUGUUGCCAAAGAGCGUCAGGAAUUUGCUGCCGGGAGGACGCCAGGGGUAUGCCUCUCUGCUUAGGACCGACUCUUCUUCCGAGUCGGAAGAUGGAGGCCCGUUGCUUGCUGAGACUGAGGAGGAGAAGGAACAUGAUGAUGCGCCUCCUGACCAACAGAUCAGCAACAAGGUGGUGAGCAUUGGGCUUGCUGCCUCGAUCAUCUUUUGCGUUGGGUGCAUUCACUAUGUUUUUGGAGACUUGGUGCCGCUUUAUGCUACUAUUACGGCGGUGUUUAUGGCGCUGGUGCUGAGUAUCAUGGGAGUGAGGGCUCUUGGUGAGACGGACUUGAACCCGGUUUCGGGGAUUAGCAAGCUUGCUCAGCUGUUCUUUGCGUUCAUCAUUCCGCAGUCGAACAAGUCGAGUGUCCUGAUCAAUUUGGUUGCUGGAGCUGUGUCUGAGGCGGGCGCUCUUCAGGCCGGCGAUCUGAUGCAGGAUCUCAAGACCGGCCAUUUACUCGGAGCAGCCCCCAAGGCUCAGUUCUGGGGACAAGUCAUCGGUGCUACUGCCGGAGCUGUGGCAAGCGCGUUCAUCUACCAGCUCUACACUUCAGUGUACACUAUCCCAGGAGACUUGUUCCAAGUGCCUACUGGCUACGUCUGGAUCUUUACUGCCAGGCUGGUGACGGGUGAGGGACUACCUCCGAUGGCGAAGGAGUGGGCUGUGGGUGCAGCUUUGUUGUUUGCCGUCACGACAGCGGCUCGCACCUCGAUGACUCGAACCAAACGACUGCAGGCGCUGGUUCCAGGCGGGAUUGCGGUUGCUGUGGGGAUGUACAAUGUGCCGUCGUUUACACUGGCGAGGACAAUCGGUGGAUUGUUGAGCUGGUGGUGGAGGUCGUACAAGGGGUGGCAGGAUACACCGUUGAUUGUGUUGGCUUCUGGUUUCAUUCUGGGAGAAGGGUUUUUGAGCAUCGUGAAUCUGAUCAUGCAGAGCGCUGGGGUUCCUCAUCUGUAG